AUUAGCAUUUUAGGUAACUGAACGGGACGGUUUGAAUUUGGAAAGCAUCAAAAUCGGAGCCCUAAAACGAAAGUGCAACCAGAACACGUUCCGACCCGAAUCGGAACAAAACCUGAUGCGAAGAAAAUCGAAACCUAUAGCAUGGCAAUGAUGACGCGAAAGAGGCGGCGGAUGAUGGUUGAGCCAGCGGCGGCGCUGACGGCGGUCCUGCCGGAGGAAUUGAUGAUCGAAAUCUUAGCUAGGGUUAGGGUAAGCAAUCCGUUGCAUUUGAGGUGCGUGUGCAAGUGGUGGAAAUCCCUAGUUGUGGAUCCCCAAUUCGUGAAGAAGCACCUUCACUUAUCAUUCUCGGACAUCACGGAUCUGGCCUCGAAAGCCAUGGAAGACAUGAACGCCUUCCAAUUGCAGCUGAAUUAUGCCCCCAUAGUGGCGGAACACGAAGAACAAGAAACUCGUUCUAUGGUGAACGAGUUGGCUCAAUUGGAUCACAUGUUGGUGGUUGUUAGGUCCCUCAAGGGGAGCUUAGAAACCAUUAAGUUUGAUGUGCAAGCCAUUAAGGAGAGAGUGAGGUGCCUUCAGAAUUUUCUGCAAAUUUAUCUCAAGGCAGCUUCUUCGUCCUCUCACUCUCUGUGACUGUGAUUCUCUACUUUUUCUUCCUUUUGUCCCUUUCUUUCUUUCUUACACUUUGCAACUGCUGAAUUAUAAAUAAUCUCUUAUGGUUGCUUUUUUUGAGAAAAAAUAUUAAUUUGAAA